GUCAGUAUGGAGCUCAGUCAACUUCCUCUUGUGUUCUUGCUGAUUUCAAACAUCUACUCUCAACAUACUGAAGAAACACCAAAACCCACAGUAACCAUCAAACCUGAUCAACAUGUAUUCAGAGGAGAGACAGUCACUCUCAGAUGUGACAUAUAUGCUGAAGGAGUCUCUAGCUGGCAGUACAGCUGGUAUAAAGACAGUUCAGGCAAUGUUUUCAGUGAACUACAGGAACACACAUUCAGUUCUGUUACUGAGUCUGACGCAGGUAAAUACUUCUGUUAUGGAGCAGAGAGAGAAGGAUCACGAACAUCACGCAGCAGUGAUGAAGUUACACUGACAGUAUCAGAUCCCAGAGCAGUUUUAAGUGUUUCUCCACAGACGUGGUUGACUGAAGGAGAUCCAGUGACUCUGAUCUGUGAGGUUAACGGCUCCUCUACAGGCUGGACAUUCAGCUGGUUCACUGAUACUGGUUCAUCAGACUACAGCAGUUGUUAUGAGCUGCUCUCAGACAGCAGCAGAGGAGCUGGAGGAAACUACACUGUCAGUUCUGCUGCUCUAAAUCACACAGGAGUUUAUGUGUGCAGAGCAAAGAGAGGAGAACCAGCCUAUAAAACACAGUACAGCAACACACAGUUAAUAUGUGUCACUGGUGUUUCUCCUCCAGUCUCUCUGAUCGUCAGACCCAACAGAACUCAACACUUCACAUGACUCUCUCUGAGCUGUGAGGACCAGAGUAACUCUACUGGAUGGACAGUGAGAAGAUACACAGACAGCCGGCGGCUGGAAGAUUGUUCAUCAUUACGUCGAGGAUCACAAACAGGAUCUACAUGUACAAUCAGAGACACCAUCACACAUGACACUGGAGUGUACUGGUGUGAGUCUGAAUCUGGAGAGAACUAUCAUCCUGUUAAUAUCACUGUACACCUUGAUGUGAUUCUGGAGAGUCCUGUUCAUCCUGUGACUGAAGGAGAAACUCUGACUCUACGCUGUUUAGAUCGACACACAACUCCACCAAACCUCAGAGCUGAUUUCUAUAAAGAUGGGUCACUCAUCCAGAAUCAAACUACAGAGAUGAUCAUCUCUACUGUCUCAAAGUCACACGAGGGUUUCUACUCCUGCAAACACCGAGAGAGAGAGUCACCCAAGAGCUGGAUCUCAGUCACAGCUUCUGAUGGCCUUGGUCUCGAUCCUGUGAUAGUUGGAGUGACUGCUGGACUGAUCGUCAUAUUUUUGAUCAUUGUCUUCUUGGUCCUGCUGUGGCGCUACAGAAACAACAAAGGUGGAGGAUCUCAGUCUCUCUCUCGUGUCAGUCAACAUCAGAACAGCAGUCAGACAUCAGAGCAGAACCAGAGUGAAGCGGGGAAUAAAACACUCAUGUCUGGAACUGCUCAUAUUUAUGAUUCAGUUGAUGCAACAAUUAAUAAAGACAUAAGCACAGUCACUGUAGAUAUUGUAAGUGGACUUACUGAAGUCACCUAUGCUGAGAUUGAACUCAAAUCUACAGAGAAACAGAAGAAAAACAAAGAAAACAAAGGGAAAAGCAGUGAAAGUUCUGACACUGUUUACUCUAAACUGAACCUGGAGACCCAUCAAGCUGCUGGAUCUAGUGAUGUGACGUAUGCUCAGAUUAAAUAAAUGGCUGGAGGAGAAGCUUUCAAUCCCAGGACGCUGAUGAGUUUAGGCUGAGAAGUGCUGGAGAAUGACCAGAUCAUCAAUUCUUUAUCAUCUUUGUGAUUCUGAACACUUCAUGGCAAUAGAUUUAUCAGUAUUUAAUGUCAGUGAUUAUCUUUUUAGCUCUGUUCUGUAUUCUUAAAGGUAUGACACAUCAUUACGUGGGAGAGAAAGACUGCUGACUGUAAAGCCUUUUUUACUGUUGUAAAAGUUUUGGUUCCUCUUUUGUUCUUCUUGAUCUUAAAUGUAUUUGUAGCAGGGGUUUUAUGGAAAAAUCAGGGAAUUUUAAAAUUGUGAUUUCCAUGUCUGGAAAAAUCAUGGAAAUGUUCUAGGUUGGAAAAAGUCAUGUUAUAAAUGUAUAUAGUGAAUGUUGAAUUUUCUAGCUAUUUUCAGCUCUAAAAUAUAUCAUUGCUAUAAAUACCUCUAUGUGAGUCUAAUCUUUAGAUUUGAAAACUGCUUAAAACCGGUCAAAGGUUUUAGACAUCUGUUGUAGUUUGCUUGUUCUUAGAAAUUGGGAUAAUUGUUCACAAUUAUAAUUAUAAACUAUAGUUUUGCUUUAAUAUUUA